AUGGCGUCCUCACCCAGAGCCCACCGGCUCCUCUUCCUCCCCCUCGCGCUGCUGCACCUCCUCUCCUCCUGCCCGCACACCGCCAGCGGCGCGCCCAACACGGCACCGCUCUCCGUGCUCUGCAACGGCGCGGUGUACGGCGCCGGCGACCCCUUCGCCGAGAGCCUCGCCUACGUGCUGGCCGACCUGCUGGCCGCCACGCCGCAGUCCCGCGCCCGCGACGCCUACAGCAUAUCCCCGUACCCGAACGCGUUCGCCUACGGCCACGCCGCGUGCCGCGCCGGCCUGUCGGGCGCGGACUGCGCGAGCUGCCUCGGCUCCGCCGUCAGCCAGAUGAACGCCACCUGCGGCCACGCCGUCGGCGCGAGGGCCGUGCUCGUGGAUUGCAGCGUGCGGUACGAGCAGUACGCCUUCGUGGAUUAG